GAGGACUUUUUGCCAAUGGUCCAAAGCGACAUGUCCAAGUCGCCUCCCACAGCGGCGGCGGCGGUGGCGCAGGAGAUCCAGAUGGAACUGCUGGACAACGCGGCUCCCGCGGGGGCGCUUGGAGCACAGUCAUAUGGAAAAGGAGCCAGAAGGAAAAACAGAUUUAAAGGAUCCGAUGGGAGCACGUCAUCCGACACUACCUCAAAUAGUUUUGUUCGUCAGGGUUCGGCAGACUCCUACACCAGCCGUCCAUCCGAUUCAGAUGUGUCUCUGGAGGAGGACCGGGAGGCAGUGCGCAGAGAAGCUGAACGACAGGCCCAGGCACAGUUGGAAAAAGCAAAGACAAAACCCGUUGCAUUUGCAGUUCGGACAAAUGUCAGCUAUAGUGCAGCCCAUGAAGAUGAUGUUCCAGUGCCAGGCAUGGCCAUUUCGUUUGAAGCAAAAGAUUUUCUGCAUGUUAAGGAAAAAUUUAAUAAUGACUGGUGGAUAGGGCGACUGGUUAAAGAAGGCUGUGAAAUCGGAUUCAUUCCAAGCCCAGUUAAACUAGAAAACAUGAGGCUACAGCAUGAGCAGAGAGCCAAGCAAGGGAAAUUCUACUCCAGUAAAUCAGGAGGAAAUUCUUCAUCCAGUUUGGGUGACAUUGUUCCUAGUUCCAGAAAAUCUACACCUCCAUCAUCUGCUAUAGACAUAGAUGCUACUGGCUUAGAUGCAGAAGAAAAUGAUAUUCCAGCAAACCACCGCUCCCCUAAGCCCAGUGCAAACAGUGUAACGUCACCCCACUCCAAAGAGAAAAGAAUGCCCUUCUUUAAGAAGACAGAGCACACUCCUCCUUAUGAUGUUGUACCUUCCAUGCGGCCAGUGGUCCUAGUGGGCCCCUCUCUGAAGGGUUAUGAGGUCACAGAUAUGAUGCAAAAAGCAUUGUUUGAUUUUUUAAAACACAGAUUUGAAGGGCGGAUAUCUAUCACAAGGGUCACUGCUGACAUUUCCCUUGCCAAACGCUCAGUAUUAAACAAUCCCAGUAAGCAUGCAAUAAUAGAAAGAUCCAACACAAGAUCAAGCUUAGCGGAAGUUCAGAGUGAAAUCGAAAGGAUCUUUGAACUUGCAAGAACAUUGCAACUGGUAGUUCUUGAUGCGGAUACUAUUAAUCAUCCAGCUCAACUCAGUAAAACAUCUUUGGCCCCUAUCAUAGUAUAUGUAAAGAUUUCGAGUCCUAAGGUUUUACAAAGGUUAAUAAAAUCUCGAGGGAAAUCCCAAGCUAAACACCUCAAUGUCCAGAUGGUAGCAGCAGAUAAACUGGCUCAGUGCCCUCCAGAGUUGUUUGAUGUGAUCCUGGAUGAGAACCAGCUUGAAGAUGCUUGUGAGCACCUUGCUGACUAUCUGGAGGCCUACUGGAAGGCCACUCAUCCUCCCAGCAGCAACCUCCCCAACCCUCUCCUUAGCCGUACCUUAGCCACUUCAACUCUGAGCCCCACCCUAGCCUCUAACUCACAGGGUUCUCAAGGUGAUCAGAGGACUGAUCGCUCAGCUCCUGCCCGUUCUGCUUCCCAAGCUGAAGAAGAACCUUGUUUGGAACCAGUCAAGAAAUCCCAGCAUCGCUCCUCCUCCUCUGCCACACACCAUAACCAUCRCAGUGGUACGAGUCGAGGGCUCUCCAGGCAAGAGACUUUUGACUCUGAAACCCAGGAGAGUCGAGACUCUGCCUAUGUGGAGCCAAAGGAAGAUUAUUCCCAUGAACAUGUGGACCACUAUGCCCCACAUCGUGACCAUAACCACAGAGAUGAGACCCAUGGGAGCAGUGACCACAGACACAGGGAGUCUCGGCACCGUUCGAGGGACACAGACCAGGACCACAAUGAGUGCAACAAACAACGAAGCCGUCAUAAAUCCAAGGAUCGCUACUGUGACAAGGAUGGAGAAGUAAUAUCCAAAAAGCGGAAUGAUGCYGGGGAGUGGAAUAGGGAUGUUUACAUCCGCCAAUGACUUUUGCCCUUUGUCUCCCCCUCCCUCAAGUCCCCUCAAACAAUCUUUGGGGUCUACAUUGCAAUCACAUGUGAUCUGUCUUGUAUAUUUUGUAUUGCUGUUGCUUAAAUAGCAAUAGCAUGAAAUAGAGUAUUAAUAUCCAUUAUUUUCUUUUGGAAGUGCUAUAUAAACUGGCCUGGUACAGCAGUUCUCUGGUUAUAUACUAGACUCUUCAAAACCUGUUUGAGGUAGCUGCCACAUGAACAAAAUCUUUUGCCGUCCAGACAACGUUGGUGUUUUAAGAAAUGUAGAUGAUGUACAUCCAGCAAGCCAGAUUCAGCACAGAUUAAAAAGUGGAAUUUCUUGGUUCUCCAGAUUUUUAAUACCCAGAUACCUGAUGGGCAUAUUCAUUCAUUCAUGGACCACUGUUUCUUGCUUGUACCUCUGGCUGACUAAAUUUGGGGACAGAUUCAGUCUUGCCUUAUACAAAGGGGAUCAUAAAGUUAGAUUCUAUUUUCUAUGUACUAGUACUGUGUACUGUAUAGACAGUUUG